AGCUGAUUACUACACUUAAAUAUUUCGUUGGCACCGUACUGCAAUUUCAAAUAUAUAGAGCAAUGUGUAUAGCAUCAAGACAAUAUGAUCCAUCAGAUCCGCAACGUCCAUUACAUAAAUGUGAUGUAUACCGUCAACCAGAAGCUGGUAAUCUUCUCAAACGGAUUAUGGAAAGAGGAGCAUCGCAACCAUGGCAACAGAUAUUAGGUGACGUAAUUGGAGAAGGACGUUUAGAUGGUUCCGCGCUAAGAGAUUAUUUUCGGCCACUUGAAGAAUGGUUAAGAAGUGAAAAUUUAAGAAAUCAAGAAUUUGUCGGCUGGAACUAUGACGGUGAUUAUUGUAAAAGAAGUAUUGAAACAGCAAAUUUACAAGUUUAUGGUGGUUAUUACAAUAAAGCUGAUCGCCUGCACCUUAAUUCCAUUUUGAAUUUAACUUUUAUAAUUUUAAUCUCUUAUUUGACAUAUUUUUUAUCAUAAAUUAACUAUAAAAUUGCCGAAUUUCAUUUUUUGCCUAUUAUUAAUUUUUUUAUAUUACGACCUUUUAUAAAUUAAUGUUUUUUUGUUAUAGAUUUGUUUGCGUUGAGUUUUUGAUUAGUGUUGAUUAAAAUUUAUG